AUGGCGCGCCGCGAGUCUCUCACCGAGAUUCGGGCCGCCAACCCAGACUUGGGCCUCAGCGGCAACAUCAUCUCGGCCGCCUUCCACAUGCCGUACUCGUUCACAUACCGCAAGGGACGGGACUGGGACCUGAGACCUCGUCGUGGUCAGUCUGCCUUGUCAGACUCGUUCGCCUACGUCUCCUCCGACGCCACGCCGUGGAACCACACGCUCGUCGCCUGGACGGGAGAAAUCGAGUCUCCGCACGAUCCCUCGGCUGCCUCCCCGGCGGCGGAGCCGUGCGGUCAGUCAAGUGGCAGCACUCCCGUCCCCGUUGAUGCCAAUACGCGACUGCCCACCCCUCCCCCCGUUGAUGGCCUCUGGCUGCCCAGGGAGGACCAGAGCAAGCUUGAGCACGCCUUGUCGCACGGCCAGCCCAUCCGCACCGUGCCCGUCUGGCUCUCGGACGAGGCGGAUGACUCUGACGAGGGCGUCAUGCUCAAGGACCAGUCGCGAUGGCGCCGAUACGCCCACCACGACCUCUACACCCUGUUCCACUACAAGCAGCACGAGCCCACCGACGGGCGCAAGGAGCGCGUCCAGUGGGCCGACUACUACCGCAUGAACCAAAAGUUUGCCAGCAAGAUUGCCGACAUCUACAAGCCCGGGGACAUUGUCAUUGUCCACGACUUCUACCUCAUGCUCCUGCCCAGCAUGCUGCGCCAGCGGAACCCCAGCAUGUACAUAUCCUUCUUCCUGCACUGCCCGUUCCCUAGCAGCGAAUUCCUGCGGUGCCUCCCGCGCCGCAAGGAGGUGCUCGAGGGCGUCCUGGGCGCCAACCUCGUCGGCUUCCAGUCCUACAGCUACUCGCGGCACUUCCUGAGCUGCUGCACGCGCAUCCUGGGCUUCCCCUCGGACACGCUGGGCAUCGACGCCUACGGCGCCAGGGUCCAGGUCGGCGUCUUCCCCAUCGGCAUCGACGCGGCCAAGGUGGAGGCGCACGCGUGGGCGCCGUCGGUGGACGAAAAGUACGACAACCUCAAGCGCAUGUACGAGGGCAAGAAGAUCAUUGUCGGCCGGGACCGGCUGGACAGCGUCCGCGGCGUGGCCCAGAAGCUGCAGGCCUUUGAGCGCUUCCUCGAAAUGUACCCCGAGUGGAGGGAAAAGGUGGUGCUGAUCCAGGUCACGUCGCCCACCACCAUCGAGGCCGACCGGGACGGCGACGAGACCAAGAUUGCCACGCGGGUCAACGAGCUGGUCAUGAAGAUCAACGGCGAGUACGGCAGCCUGGGCUUCUCCCCCGUGCAGCACUACCCGCAGUACCUGGGCCAGGACGAGUACUUUGCCCUGCUGCGGGCCGGCGACAUCGGCCUCAUCACCUCGGUGCGGGACGGCAUGAACACGACGGGCCUCGAGUACAUUGUCUGCCAGAGGCGGGGCAGCGGCCCGCUGAUCCUGUCCGAGUUCAGCGGCACCGCCGGCAGCCUGGGCGAGGCCAUCCACAUCAACCCCUGGGACCUGAACGGGGUGGCCGAGAAGAUCAACAGCGCGCUGACCAUGUCCGAGGGCGAGCGCCGGCGCAUGCAGACGCACCUGUACCGGCACGUCACCACGCACAACGUGCAGACGUGGAUCGCCAAGUUCAUCCGCAAGGUGCACAACGUGCUGGGCGAGUGCAGCUCGGCCGGCUCGACGCCGCUGCUCGACCGGGCCGUGCUGCUGUCGCGGUACCGGUCGGCCGGCAAGCGGCUGUUCAUGUUUGACUACGACGGCACGCUGACGCCCAUUGUGCGCGAGCCGAGCGCCGCCAUCCCCUCGGAGCGCGUGAUGCAGUCCCUGAGGCGGCUGGCCGACGACCCGAGGAACGCCGUCUGGAUCAUAUCGGGGCGCGACCAGGACUUUCUCAAGCAGCACCUGGGGCACAUUUCCCGGCUGGGCUUCUCGGCAGAGCACGGCAGCUUCAUGCGGAACCCGGGGUCGGAGAAAUGGGUCAACCUGGCCGAGGAGUUUGACAUGGGCUGGCAGGCGGAAGUGAUGGACGUGUUUCAAAAGUACACGGACCGAGUUCCAGGCUCCUUCAUCGAGCGCAAGCGGUGCGCCCUCACGUGGCACUACCGCCUCGCCGACCCCGAGCAGGGCCUCCACAUGGCCCGCGAGUGCCACAAGGAACUCGAGGCCACCGUCGCCGGCAAAUGGGACGUCGAGGUGAUGCCCGGCAAGGCCAACGUGGAGGUGCGCCCGACCUUCAUCAACAAGGGCGAGAUCGCCCGGCGCCUGGUGGCCACGUACCACAGCCCGGAGGGCCAGGCGACGGAGCUGGACCGCAGCCCCGGGCGCGUCGAGUUCGCCCUCUGCAUGGGCGACGACUUCACCGACGAGGACAUGUUCCGCAGCCUGAACGGCGCGGCGGGCGGGGUGCUGCGCCCCGAGGACGUCUUCACCGUGACGGUGGGGGCGAGCACCAAGGUGACGCUGGCCAAGUGGCACCUGCUGGAGCCCGAGGACGUGAUUGAGUGCGUGGCCCUGCUGGCGGGGGUGGGGGACGCCGCGAGCCUGCGCCAGAUGGGCGAGGUCAACCUGGCGGCGCUGAGCGCGGUCGAAGGGCACAUUCCGGCGUCGGAGACGGCGGGGCUGUAG